AGAAGGCAGCAUGUACGGACGUUGUAGCACAAGCAGCUCGUACAACGCGUUGUUUUGGUCAUAAAAAUCGCGCCGCGCCGCGCCGCUUCGUAUUGUUAUCAGCAUUGCUUCAGCUACACACCCAUAUAUACUUACAUACAAAUUUACUACGUCGUAAAGGUGUUCGCCACACAGCUGUUGUUUUCGGUGUAAUAUAAAUGAAAUGUGUGCAAUUUUUGGCAUUUACCAGUGAGCGUGUGUGUGUGUGUGCGGUGUACGCGAAGCACGCGCCAACAGCAUCAACAAUCAGUGCUCACACACUUGUGGCACCAAACAAACCAAACUGCGCGCUGAGCGCCAAACAUUGAACAAAAGCUGCGACCGCAGCUCUGAGCCCAAACGCGCUUACACCUGGACCCGGGUCGGUCAGACGUUGAACGGACGCUUUCGGUUGCGCUUUUCGGCGCGUCGGUACAAAAGGCUCAUUGCGUCGCACUUUCGUGGUAGAGCAAACGCUCUUGUAUGGUACAAGCCAACGGUAAUUGAAAUAAAGUUGAUAGUCUAAAGUAUUUCUAACGGGAAAAUAUGCGAAAAAAAUAUUGUGCAAUAAAAUUGGCUACUAAAGCAUAGCAUUAAACUUAGCAAUAAUAAAAGCCAACACAAUAAACAACACAAUUUUAUGGCCAACAAAUCGCAGGCUUAUAUUAUCCUCAUCCUCAACGAAAAUAAAAAUUGUGUGUGUGUGAACAAUGAAAACUGAUUUAGAAAAUAACAGCAACUAAAUGUAAAUAAAGCAGCAAAAAAAGCUUAGUUGGUGUAUAGAACGCUACGAGGUGACAGCGGUAAAGAGCUAAAGCAAAAACAAAAAAAAAAAAAACAAAAACAAAAAAAUAAUAAUAUUUAUUCAAAAAUAAUGGCGUAAAUGUUAAUAAAUAUAUAUGUGAAGUGCAAAAAUAUGUUUAAAAGUCAUGAAUCUGCUUGUUAAUAAAAAAGUAGUUUUCAGCGAAACAAUAAACAAGUCUUGCUAGUGAGAAUUUAUGAAUAACUAAACAGUUGUCGUUAAUUUGUCAAAGCGAAUUAAUUUACGAAAGGAAAACGGUGAUUGUAAAUCGUAAAAAUAGUUAAUUAACACCCUAAUAUAUGCAUGAUCUCGAAUAAAUAUUAUUUUUUAGCAAAGCUGUGUGCCAAUUCGCUUAUAUAAAUAAACAAAGUCUUAAAAAUUUACUUUCAAACCCAUACAUAAAGUGCUAUCAAACUGAGUUUAUCAAAAAAUCGUGUUAUUUAAGUGAGUGAUCAACAAAUCAAAUUAAAGUGCAUCAGGUGUUCGACAGCUGGUAUACGCCGCGCAACAACAACAACGUCGAUUUGGAUUCUAAGCGAUAAUCAAAGAAUGCUGCCCAAUGAAGAACGCAAAAUCGUUUAAAAUCGGUGAAGUUUCUACGCGCCAAAUAUUGCCAGAAAUGCAUUUAAAAAAGCUUUGAAUUUCCAUCAAAUCACACUUCUGAUAACUAACUGUAAAAAGGUGAAAGUAACACGUAAAAUCGAGGCACUACUAUGCGAUAAUGUAUCGAUAAGUUAAACGAAUUCCACUUCGUUUGCCUCAACACAAACACUGACUGGCGAACUAAUCAAAGAUAGGUUCUGUGUGCGCGCAUUCAUACCUCCGCGCGACCGCAACAAUGAGCGAUUCGCUGAGUGAAUCCGCGCGACAACCAGCGAAUGAGGAUACGCAAACACGGCGCGAUAAACCGCAAACGCUCAGCGGCAUUGAGGCCACCAAAGCGCUCAAUCUGCAGGCAACUGCCUCCGUUGUGGCAGACACAAAUAUGGCGGAAGUGCCGAGUGACACGCAAAAUGCAGAUUUGGCAGUGAAUUUGGCGCGUAAUCGGGCGCGGUCGCGAACGGUCGGUAAUCGCGUUGGCAGUGAUGGCGCCGGCAGCGCUGGCGGUGCAACGGAAACGCGCGACGUGCGCAAGCAUUCGUGUGACGGUGUGGUAAGCAUUGGCGGUGGCAGUGGCAGCAGCAGUGGCAUUGGCGGUGGUGCCACAAUGGGUGGUGCGACAGGCGGUGCAUUUGGCAGUGGCAGUGGCAUCGACGAAUUCGCCGGCGCUGAUGGUGAGCGACGGCGUGAGAGCCUCAACUACGAGGACACCAGUCCGUGCAGUCACAGCUUCAAUAAGGCGAUUUUCGGACGCACUGCACACACAAGGACGGGUGUUGGUGGCGGUAUGACGCGCAAAUGUGUGCUCACGCUGGAUGGCUACUCCUAUGUUAUAGUGGCCAGCACACCGGAGAGUUUGCCCAAGCGUGAACGAGACGAUCUACCCACCGUCGGCAAUACACCGUCGAUUGGCUCAACAAGUGGCAGUGUGGCAGGUGGUGACAGACGCUCAAAGGCGGACAGUCCCACUGGCAGCAGUUCAGCAGGCUUAAUAAGCGGCGGCCUAGGAGCGGGGGGCUUAUACACAAGUGAGGAAAUAAACAGCACUACAACAAGCACAACAGCGUGUGGCGCAAGCAGCACCGUUGAGAGUGUGACUAUCAAUGGUCAAAUUGGAAGGCACGGCUCUCUCACCAUUGUGCGCCGUUCUAAUAGCCGCAAGAGCUUCAUACAGCUAGACGCACAGCAACCAGGCAUUCUUACAUCUCCAUCUCCAGCUGCAACAACACCUAUAGGUGGUCCAACGCAGCAGCAACUGCAUACACAACAACAACCGUUUGCCGGCAUAGCUCCCGACUUAGCUGCGCAACUGCUGAACAGCAGCGACAGGAAGAGCCAGCAAACGCCAAGCAAUUUUCCACCGGCAACAAGCACAGACAAUCGCGCCGCAAACGAUACUAGAAGAUCUAGUAACAGCGAGCGACACAUUGAAGUGGAACCGAACUUUACUGCGAAUACCACACCGAAGAACGUUCCAGCCAUUGGGAACUCAGCACAACACCAGCGUAAUAAUUUUACGGCAACGCAAGUGGGUGCUACCGACAACGCCGCUGCAGACAGCAGCAACAGCAAUAACGCCGCCUCGGCCACUAACAGCACAAGCAAUACCUUUAACAGCGCCGCCAACAGCAGCCUAGCCACCGCCAACAAAAUGCAAGCACCAGCACCGGGUUCACCGAACGCCGAAACUAAUAGUGCGGGCGUACGCGAAGGUGGCGAAGAUAAAUGCGCGAGCCUAGACUUGGCAACGGAAAACUUACCAGCUGUCGAUACACCGGACGCUUGCGAUAAAGCGGCAGUGAGAUUGCGCUGCUUAUUGCAUUUGUUAAAUACUGGCGAUAUUUCGAACGACGUCUUGCAACGCAACCUCCACUAUGCGGCACGCGUUCUCGAAGCCGUCUUCCUCGACGAGUCCAAUCAGGAGACGCGUGAGGCCGGCGAUGCGCAUAAAUGCUGCAGCGGCAGUUGUUGUAGCCGGCGCGGCCACCAACAGCAUGGCUGUGCUGGUGAGGAUGGUGGUGGUGGUGGUGGUCACAGCAAUCAGGAUAACAACAAUUUGUGCAAUAGUUGUUGUUCGCGCUCUGAUGACCAACAACAACAACAAAGCAAUGCAUUUGACAAUCAAACCAGCAUCGACAGCCGCACCAAAGGUGUGACGUUAGCGCCGCAAACGCACAGCGGACCCACCGGACCGCCGGAUACGAUUUUGGAAGCCGAUGCCGAGGCAGAAGCAGCUGCCGAAACGGAAGCGGAAACGGAAACAGCGACGACGACAACAGCUGUCGCACCGAACGCCAGUGAACCGGCAGAAACAGCUGCGCACGACAGCUCCAAACCUGCGGACGUGGCGGCAGACACGUCGACCACCAGCACAGCUAAGGUUAGCUUUGCGGAGAGUAAAAGCGAUAAACAGUGUAGUGACGGCGGUGGUAGUCAGAGUGUCGGCAGCAGUAGUAGCAGUAGUAGUAAUAAAGCAACCAUGCAGAGGCAAAGGCGCCUGCGCACACCGGUCUGGGCGAGGUCCAUGUCGUCGACGAAUAAAACACGCCUCGCCGAUGAAGAUGACGAACUAUCCGAGGUGCAACCGGAUGCUGUGCCACCCGAGGUGCGCGAGUGGUUGGCCUCGACGUUCACGCGGCAAUCGGCGACCACACGCAGGCGAACCGAUGAAAAGCCGAAAUUCCGCACUGUCGCCCACGCCAUACGCGCCGGUAUAUUUGUGGACCGAAUAUACCGCAGUGUCUCGCGUACGGCGCUCAUGCAAUUUCCGCCAGAAGUGGUCCAAAUACUCAAGAACUUGGACGACUGGUCAUUUGACGUGUUCGCCCUGGCGGAGGCGGCCGGUGGUCAGCCGAUCAAAUAUCUCAGCUACGAUUUGCUCAACCGCUACGGCAUCAUACACAAAUUCAAGAUAGCGCCUGCCACAUUGGAAAUAUUUUUGAAUCGCGUCGAAGAGGGCUAUUGCCGCUAUCGUAAUCCAUAUCACAACAACAUACACGCGGCCGAUGUUACCCAAACGACGCAUUAUGUGCUCUGUCAGACGGGUCUCAUGAAUUGGUUGACCGAUUUGGAAAUAUUCGCCACAUUACUUGCCGCUCUCAUACACGACUUCGAACAUACCGGCACGACCAACAACUUCCACGUCAUGUCCGGUUCCGAAAAGGCACUACUCUACAAUGAUCGCGCCGUAUUGGAGAAUCACCAUGUGAGCGCCGCUUUUCGCUUGCUCAAGGAGGACGAUUGCAAUAUAUUGGUUAAUUUGUCGCGCGAAGAGUUUCGCGAGUUUCGCACACUCAUUAUUGACAUGGUGCUGGCCACCGAUAUGUCCUUCCAUUUCCAGCAGCUGAAGAACAUGCGAAAUUUGCUCACCCUAAAUGAGGCGUCGGUGGACAAGUCCAAGGCAAUGGCAUUGGUGCUGCACUGUUGUGAUAUCUCGCAUCCGGCUAAACGUUGGAAUCUCCACCAUCGCUGGACGAUGCUGUUGUUCGAGGAAUUCUUUCGGCAGGGAGAUUUGGAACGCGAGCUUGGUCUGCCAUUCAGUCCCAUGUGUGAUCGCAACAACAUACUAUUCCCGGAGUCGCAAAUCGGUUUUAUUGAUUUUAUUGUGGAUCCCAGUUUGUCGGUAAUGUCCGAUAUGCUGGAAUAUGUGUUGACUCCGUUGGCGCCCAUGUGCAAGACGUCGAAUGCGAGUAUUGAUGCUGGUGAUGCGCCAGUAGAUGGCGCAGCUGCAAGCCCUCGCAAUAAGACCGAUGCUGACGGUAGUUCAACCACGUCUUCGCAACAAGAUGAUAAUAAUGCCAAGGCGGCGGGUACAAAGCCCAAGUUCAGCAUACGAAAGCCCUGGCUUACCUGUCUAAAUGAUAAUAAGAAAAUCUGGAAAGAGCAAUCACUAAAAGAGGAGGCUGCUCGCAAUGAAAAAGCUCAACAAAAGGAGGGCGAAAGUGAGGAAUAAACACACGGCUGGCAGCGCAAGUCUGAGUAACGACAGUUGAUUUAAGUAAGGGCAACACCACAUAUUGGAACUGAAUAGAGACUAACAUGUGUAGAAAAGUAUAAGAAAAAAACUAUUGCAGAUAAAUGCAAAAACGCAAAAAUACAAAAAUACAAAAAAUACACAAAUACAUACAUACUAAUUCUAUGUAUAUAUAAAAAUUAAUUAACUCGUUUUGUUUAUAAAAAAAAUAUUAUGUUGUAGGUAUACACCGUAAUAAUGUGUGUCUACCAUGAAUUCGUGCGAUUGUUGUGUUGCGGGCAUACAAACAAUUAAAAUACAGUUAUUUUUUUCUAAAUAUGCUUCAAUAAGUCAAAAUUAUUGUUAAGUUUAUGUUAUAAUGAAAUUUAAAUAUUAGCAGCUUUGUACAUAAAAAAUGCGAAAAUGUCUGCGGUAAUGUACUUUAUUGCAAAUAAAUAUAAAAACAAAUACAAAAAUUGUAAUUUACAUUAAUUUUGUUUAUGAAAAAGUAUGCUAACGAAAAAAUGAUGUGAAAGAGUUAUGAGUUUUGAUUGAACAUUCUGCCAUCGGCAGGCUUUUUAUGAACACAAACAGAACUUUACACUUUUAUUGACAUUGCCGUUAAUGAUCGUGGCGAAUAAAUACAGCUUGUGAAGCAAAAAGUGUGUUUGAACAAACUCAAUCAAUCAGCAAUAAUGAUAAAUAUUUAUAAGCAUGCACACAUACAUAAACAUACAGCCCUAAAUGUAAACAGAAAUAUUAGCCGCAAAUAUGCAAUUUUAAACAUGUGGCAAUGUAAACUGCAUUGUACGAGCUAAGAAGUGAAUACAGCGAGAACGAGGAAUGUGCAAAACAAAAAACACAACUAAAAAUAUAUGAAACAGAAAUUAAGUAAAAAAAGAAGUAGGUGACUAUAACUGUUGUAUACCACUUGUACAUACUAUAUGUACAUAUGUAGGUAUGCGCGAGCGCCAUAAAAAUGUUUAUAAUUUCAAAACUGGGCAAACAGUUGUUAAAAGUUGUGUGCAAUGUAAAUUGAGUGUGGAGCUUAAUUAACUUUCUUUAAUUUAAUUUAAAUAAUUAAAAUAAUUAUUUAACUUUCUUUAAUUAAAUUAAUUUUAAUUAAUUAAUUAAAAAGUAUUGUUAGUAAUAUUUUUUGUUUUAGUUAUGGCAGUACACAAAUUUAUUUUUAAGUACUUAAUAAUUGUUAAAAUAAAAUUUUAUUGAAAAAUAUGUAAUUCGAUUUUUAAAUUUCAACUUUUUUCUAGUUCAAAUACUUGUACAUUUUAGUAGCUUGUAGCAUAUUUAAAUAUAAUUCUAUUGUUGUUAUGAUAUUUUCUUGGCAAUGUAGAAAGGAAAUAAAAUAGCAAAAUUUUGUUUGGUUAAUUAAUUGAAUUUUAUAGUAAUUUUGAAGGAAACAUUUUUUUUGGAAAAUUUAAUAUCUAACAAUAUUUUGAAAAAAAUAUUUUUUUUUUUGGGAAACUUAAUUUCUAACAAAAUUUUGAAAAAUAUAUUUUUUAAAAAACUUAAUUUCCAACAAAAUUUUGAAAAAAAAUAUUUUUUUUGGAAAACUUAAUUUUUAACAAAAUUUUGAAAAAUAUUAUUUUUUUUGGAAAACUUAAUUUCCAGCAAAAUUUUGAAAAAAAUAUUUUUUUUGGAAAACUUAAUUUUUAACAAAAUUUUGAAAAAUAUUAUUUUUGAAAAACUUAAUUCCUAAAAAAAAUUUUUAAGCAAAUAUUCCCAAACAAAACACGUAAUUGACAACACUAUAAUAUUUAUAUGUACCAAACAUGUUUAUAACCUGAAAAGUAUAAACGCCUUGCCUGUAAUUCCUGAUUUCAAGUUUUCUACUGCAACUCCCUGCAACCGCGUGCUUGUGUAGCCUAACUGCUGCUCUACACUACUUACAUAAUACUAUGCUAGCAACUCUAGUCUACUCGUGUCUUUUACUUGUGCUACUCAAACACGCAACCACUAUACAUACAUAACUAACGGAUAAGCUAACUUUUGUAUAUACCUACAUGACUACCGAGUAAUACUCGUAUAUACUACAAAACACAUACAUACAUACGCAUAAGCUGCUUAUAGGAGCUAUUAUAACUGCAUUGUUUAUAGUAAUGGCAAGCAAACAGUCAUACAUACAUAUGUUAACUGGGUGUGUGUGUGUGUGUAAAUGGUAAAUUUAUUUUUAUACGCGACACUUUUGUUGUCUGUUGAAUAAUUAUUAAGUAAUUGUUUGAUUGUCGUACGUUUUGUUUACUCUUUGUCUUCUUAUUUUCGUUACAUUGUUUCCAAAUGCAAUGAGAAACUAGAAGAUAAUUUUGGUUAAAAGUUUUCAAAUGUCUGAUAACGGGACCACAACGUAUAAGGAUUACCAUUGCUCUUUUCUUUGUCGACUGCGAGCAUGAAAAUUGAUUCAGCUCUCGUUAUAACCGUAAACUGUGUGAGUGCUAAAAGAAAACGAAGGGUGAGCGCUGGAGGUAGAGAGCAAUGGUAACUACACUUAGCAGGUUGGCCUAUAUUAUCAGCUGAAAUUGGGAUCAUAGCUUUAUUAAGGUAGUAAAUAAUAUACUGAAUAAAUAGUAUAAAUAUAUGCUGCAUUGUGAGUACACACACAACAUACAAGUACACAUUUACUUGGACUCAAUUAAGUAUAACAACGCUUAUACAUACAUAUAUAACUAUUUAUGUGCAUUUACAUAGGUCGACCCAGUACCGAAUCGGCUUUGGCGCCAAAACUUGUGCUGCCUUUGCCGCGCGGGCAUGCUUGCAAUAGCGAUCUUACCAAGCAUUAGGGUUGGCCUAUGUAGAUUUUGUGAAAAUUAUGCAUAGACAAAUAUAACGCCCUUGACUUUAUAUGUGUGCGUGUGGUGCAGACAUGUAUGUAUGUAUAAACUUUACAAAAGUAUUUAAAGCAAAAAUGUAAAAUUACAAAAGUACACUCAUGUUAUAAUUUAAAGCGCAUAAUGUUGUAGAUAUAAAGGGAAAGGUACAUAAAUGAAAAAAAAAUAUAAAAAUAAUAAUAAUUUGAAGGAAUAUGACGUGAAAAUUGUAUGUGUUCCUGCAAAAAUUAAAUUCUGCGCGCAAUUUGCAACAUUUCAAUUUCUAGCCAAACAUUAUUACAGCAAAAAUGCCGUUAAGCUUGAAAAUGCAGCAAAUCCUUACACACUUAAAAAGCAAAUAGCAAAGAUCUUAUAAAUGUACAAUUUUUGUGAAAUUUGAAAUUAAACACGUCCAUGAUGCAAAAACUUUAAUAAAUUAUGUACAGUAAUCAACAAAAGCCUAAAAAAUAAUGCAUAAAUUGUAGUAAAUGUGCAUACAGACGUACGCGCAUGUAUUUGUUAAAACUGAAUAAGUACAUAUAUUUAUAUACACUUAUGUGAAUAAAAUUAGCAGUUACAAGCAGAAAGUACUUACAACUUCAUGAAGCAACAGAAUUUUGCGGCGGAGCUCUGAUUAGCUGCUAGCCACUGGGCACUUAAUUAACUGAGCAAUGCUGGGGAAAUGCCAACACACCGAAAAAAUUUUUGACUGAACGUUUUCAGAUAGAUAAUUUUUUCCAAAACUGCAAGACUUUUUGCUUAAAACAGAAUAAGUUAAAAAACUGCAAGACUUUCAAUUACUCUUUGCUUAAAAAAAAUAAGUUGAAACCUACUAUUAUAUUACAAAAAUUAAUUACUUAAGUCUUGGUUUGGUGAUAUUGGACCGCGCACCGCCUGUUUUGACCCUUCUCUGUGGCUAUUUGCCAUUUCAGCCGACUGGAAUCAAGAUGGAAAUAAUCAAUGGCUUUACAUCUUGCUUUACUCAAAAGGAGGAAAAAACUUAGAUUUUGGUGCCCUUUUCGGAGUCACAUAUGCAACAUAGUUCCAGUUCUUAAAUUAAGUCAAAUGAGAUAAGUGAAUAGAAGAGAAAGAAGAGAGGAAGCAGUGAAUUAUUGUAUUGCUUGCUCUAGCAGUAGUCUCUUGGCUUGCAGUUACCCCGCACUUGCAGUUAGAUCACUGGCAUAAGUUCCUCAUACACUUAACUUUUUAUAACACUGUUACAAAUAUUUGCCUACAAUAUAUUUUUCUUGCACUGUCUCUCAAUAAAAUCAUUAAAAUGACAUGGCUAAAACAAAAAUUCCCCAUAAGCUAACCUUUUCUUGUUAAUACAAUUACAGUUCCAUCAGUCGGUUACGAAGCUACACAUUCAGUGCCUCUAUUACACUGUGCAACCAGGCCUCAUUUAGUUUAUCAACUAUCAACUGCACCUUUCUUGUAAAUUGUACAAAUAGCCAAUGAGCAAAUCCUCGACUGCAUAAAAAAAUAUUUGUAAUGAAACCCCAAAGCCACCAUAAGAAAUACAUACAUAGGUGUCUACUUAAGUACUUGCGAAAUUUAUUAAUUACAAAAACAAAUAUCUACUUUGCUGCACUUAACAGAAUUUAGAAUUUGCCGACUGCAAGUUUUGAAAAAUCAGCAAUGCAAAAAUACAUUUAUGAAAGUGAAAAAUGCGAAUUGCGUUUAAUCGUGUUUGUUGUGUAAAUAAAUUGUUGGCAGCGAGUUGCAAGGAAGGCAAACUUAUAAGUGUAUUUAAAAAAUCGAAAAUAGAAUUUAAUGCAAAGUAACAAAGUGCAAGUUUAGUCAUUAGAACAUAUAGCAAAUGUAGAUUAUCUACUCAAACGCGAACCCUAUCAAGUUCGAAACUUUUGAGGUUAGUUACAUAUACUGUAGAAUUGUCGUCGCUGCAAAAGUUAUGGCAAAACGGGAAAGCAUACAUGGAAAGAAAGCAAUCAUUUAAGGUAAAUAAUUAGUUUUACGAUUUAGCUGCUUGAUAAAUAAUAAUUAUAUUAAAUAAUCAGAACAAUGCACAUACAUACAUAUAAAAAUAUUACAAAAAAAAAUAAAUAAAAGCUCCCUUGAAGCGAAUAUUUCAGUGAAGGAAAGAGCACAAAAAAUAUGAAUAACAAAUUACAUCCAUUUAAAAUCUCCUCAAUAAAAUGCAGACAUUCAAAAUUUAUAUAUAAACAAGAAAUCAACUGUAAAUAGUUUUAGCAAGUUCUCCUUUUUUGAACCAUUUAAUUAAUUGAACUCAAGCAAGGUUUACUGCUAAAUAAAGUAGAAUUUUUUCUACUUGCCUAAUUACACAAACUGGGAUAACUUCAUUGUAGUUUUGUUACCUAAAUAAAGUGCUUUUAUAUUUAAAAUUAAAGCCAACAUUAACUUCGUCUGAAGGCACUGACCUUUUUAAUUACACUCUAAACCUUAAUAACGUUGAUUAUGUCGAUUUGAUGAAUAAAUACAAUAUGUAAUUUAUUACAUUAUUUAAUUUAUAGUAAGACAACAAGUAAAUAAUGCUAUACAUAUGAGGAAUAUUAUUAAAUACAAAUAAUGAAACUUUAAAA